AUGUGGCCCAAGGAGCUGCACACUUCGUGGAGCGGCGGGCUUUAUUUUGACCGAAACGCGUGUCUGUCAAGCUGGACAGGGAUUGUCGAUGAUGAGCUCUCAAUCUCAGAGGGGUCUAUUCGUGAUUUCAUCCGUGGCACCAACCGUGGACUGUAUGAGAAACUGAGAGGACUCCCUUAUCCCACCUAUUCGCUCAAAUGCGAUCGUACUGUGAUUCGAGAAUGUGAAGAUCAAGACCCUGCUGAGGUACAAGUUUCUGGAAAACUGAGAUUGAUUACCACGGAAUCCGGAGAGCUGGGUGUGCCUCCAAGUCCGUUGGUACAGGAAUUUCGGACUAUUAGCUCCCUCGAUACCGACACCGUGUUGACGGUGAUUGAUUCAAUUGUCCUUGGUGCCUUCACCUUCACACUCCAUCAUCAUGACGGCGAUCGUACGGUCUGUUGCCUUCAUCCUACAUGCCUCCUUCCACACCAUAUCAUUCCAAAAGGCUAUACUUUUGCUGGCGUCAGAUGCAACAACCUGCAAAAUGCAGAUCACCCAUGGUCCUCAGUGGACUUCUACUGCGCUGAUUGCCUCGACGUUGUGGUCAAGCUGCAUGUUGAUACAAUGCUCAAGCUAGAUGCCGAGAAACCAGAGCUUGUCGAUUCUUUGUAUGAUGGUACGCCAAAAGCACAUAUCCUCCAAGCUGCAGAACGACUUCAACCAGAACUAAUCGACAAGAAUCUCUGGAAGAUGUAUUAUCCGACCGAACCCCCAUUAGAGGUCGGGGUGGGUUCCAACUCGCCAAAAGGUCUUCGCCUGCGCCGUCAAAAGCAGUACGAAAUCAAGCAAAUCUUAAAGAAAGUUAUUUUGGAUCGGUACGCCGAGCAGAUAGGGAAACAAGAUACUACCGAGCCUGGAAGCUUGGUGAUUGUUCGUCCACGACAUCUUCCACCUUACGCGGAGCGUUACAAGAAACAAGGCCGAGAACGGACGCAGGAUCGUGGUGCCCGUCAGAAGCUGGAUUCGGUUUGUGCCAUCAUUGACGAACCGAUUCCAGAGCGUGGUGUCUCCUGCUGGUGUGGAGAACCCAACGUUGAACGCGAAAUGAUUCAGUGCAGCUCAGAGUAUUGCAUGUUCGGAUUGAUCCAUUUUGAGUGCACCAACCUCAAGGAGAUACCAAUUGAUGAUGGCAAAUUUCUCUGUCGAUAUUGUCAGACAGAUCCAUUGAUUGACGGGAAAAUGCCUGAGAGAGCAGAAACGCCAUUGGAAGAUGACUUAUCAGCAAUAGUGCCAUCCAUGGAGACAGACAAUGAUGGUGACUGGGACACCGAGGUGACGAGCAGUGAGCAAGAACAAGAACAAGAUGAAGAUGGAGACGAUGGAGAUGAUGAAUAUGAAGAAGAUGAGGAGAGCCAGGAUGGCGAGCAUGAGCUGGAUGAUGAGCACUUUCAUGCAGCCUCUCGUUUCGUCACUGUCAACAAUCAAUUGGAACCAUGGAUGGCUCUACCAGAGAUGAAAUGGAGCGUGUCUGAUGAAGACAUGGGCUUUUGA